GCGGAAGCCCAUUCCUCGCGUUUGCAUCGACGCCCGCGUCGGCGCAGCCUGUGUGCGUCAUUUCCUGGCGGCGGGGACCCGGGUAGUCAACGGCCUGUGGAGCAUCAUGCCGAAGUUUUAUUGUGACUACUGUGAUACGUAUCUCACCCACGAUUCUCCGUCUGUGAGGAAGACACACUGCAGUGGUCGGAAACACAAAGAGAAUGUGAAAGACUAUUACCAGAAAUGGAUGGAAGAGCAGGCCCAGAGCCUGAUUGACAAAACAACGGCUGCAUUUCAACAAGGAAAGAUCCCUCCAGCUCCGUUCUCUGCGCCUCCGCCUGCGGGGGCCAUGAUCCCACCUCCCCCCAGCCUCCCUGGUCCUCCUCGGCCUGGCAUGAUGCCUGCACCCCACAUGGGAGGCCCUCCCAUGAUGCCAAUGAUGGGUCCCCCUCCUCCUGGGAUGAUGCCUGUGGGACCAGCUCCUGGGAUGAGACCACCCAUGGGAGGACACAUGCCCAUGAUGCCAGGACCUCCAAUGAUGAGACCUCCCGCUCGCCCUAUGAUGGUGCCCACACGGCCUGGUAUGACCCGGCCAGACAGAUAAGAGCAGAAGCGCUCUUUAUCAUUUUGUAUUUCUUGUUCUGUUUCACCAGGAGAUCUUGGUGCUGAGCCUGAGUGUUUGCUAGAUGCAUGACAAGGAAACUUCCCUUCCUAACAGAGAGAAUACUUUUGGAGGGGGAAGUGAUACAAAAAAAUGCGGUUUUCACUUAUAUAGUGAAAUAUGAAAAUAAAAUCAUCAGCUCUUUUAGUUAAA